AGGAGCGGGAAUUUCAAGACAUUUCUCUCCGCACUUUUAAAAAAAUGUAAUAAUUGACAUUAAAAUGUAAUAAUUUUUCUGUAUUUGACCGCAUAUGUCAUCAGUUGUCACACCUGUAACGAUACAUUUGGCUCCCAUUUUAAUUUAGGACGUUUUGUCGCCAUAACAGCACAGAGAAGCCUCGCGCUGAACGCCGCGUGCGUCUUGAGAACGUCUGGUUGCUCGGGUGUGCGCCGGUGUCAUGGCAACGGAAAAACCUUCAGGCGGCAGGACACCUGGAGGAGGCCUCUCCCGCUGGCGCUUUCCCGCUGUCUGACAACUGAAGCUAGUGAGAGGAGGGGAGAAAGAUAGUUAGUCGUCGCUGUCUUAUGUAGCAAACCUCUGACCCCAAAACGAAGGCAGUUUUGGUUAAUUUUGCACAUUUUUGCUGUUUUUCCUGCUUCAAAUUCUGACAUAACGUUAAACGUCUUCAAGUCAACAACGGGAUGAGCCCCAGGAGGAGAAACACAGCCAGGGGUGUGAUCACCUUCCACACACCUUUUCCUGUCAGCCUGUUGGAAUCACAGGAGUGCACGUCAGAUGUGAAGGACGCUACAGAGAGCAGAAAGAGUCCGUCUCAGCCGAGGAGCACCGGUAAAUCUGUAAGAGCGUGGAAAAGGGAUGAGGCCUCACCUUCUGGGCCACAGCCGUGUGCCAAACAGGACUGGCUCUCUCACACCUCCCUCAGACGACUGCAGGCAAAGUUGGACGCUGAAAAUCAACGGGCCGAAGAAAUAAUCCAGCCUUUAUUGAAUACAGAAAAUGGUUUUGUGAAGGAGUUGGAGAAGUUUCUGAGCCAACGGGAUGUGACCGAGCUGAGGAGGAGGGAACUGCAGCACAAGCGCUGGACUGAGCGUGUAUGGUUUCCCCUCCAGAGGAGGCUGGAGGAACACGUGUCCAGCUGUAGCCCGGUGGAGGCCAGGAGGCGCCAGAGGUUAUACAGUCACUACCUCCAUCACUGCAACACCAAGGGUUUUGUGUUUCUAGAAACCUAUGAUCUAAGGGAAUACAAUCCUUUUCUUUUCAAACAGCCACACUACUUCAAGCUCAGUCCAGCUGACUUUAAGGACCCAUUGUACCUUCAGAUACAUGAAAUACUGAAGGAAAAGAGAACAGUCCGUUCUUGUGAAGCAGGAUGUAAGCACAAACUACCUCAGAGUGAUCGUCCUCAUCGUGAGUCAUCUCAAGCUGACACACUCCUACAGGCCUCAUCUAAUUAUCCAGUCUCUACAUCUGGGAAAACUCCAGUAAAGGAUGAGGCUGAGGGAAGGAAGUCCAGCAGGCUCGACACCAUACCACACCACAUCAGAGCAACUGCCACACCAGAUGGAAGGUGCCAUCAGACCGGCUGCUGGCUCUCCAGAUGCGGAGGUCGGCAACAGCCAGCAAGUUUACAGCAACUUCAGGCUACAUCCAAUUAAAAUCCAUAUAUACCAUAAA